AUGCAGAAAGAUGGUAAUGGUCGGUUAUAUUAUCGUAUAGCGUUGAAUUAUGCUCCAUCAAAUUUACAAUUAAAUGCAGAUAACUAUGGUUUUAAAAUUGAACGAACAUACGUAGCUAUCAAUGAUUCAUCACAUGUUCAGAAACAAUCAAAUGGUACAUGGAAAUUCAAGUUAGGUGAAAAAAUAAAAGUCAUAUUAACAAUGACGACAACACAACAGCGAUAUCAUAUAGCAUUAGUUGAUUAUUUACCAGCUGGUUGUGAACCAUUAAAUACAAAAUUAAAAGGUACAUUGACUGGCGAUAUACAAUCAUCAGUCACAAGAUCAAAUAAAAAUCUUUAUUAUUGUGGAUGUAGACCAUAUUCAACUAUUGGCCGAACGACAAAUACACAUACAGUAAAUAUUCCGAUGAAAGUAAUCUUACCACCACCAUCAUCCGACACAAGUAAUAAUAAUAAGAAGAAGAAUCUAAUCAUGCGCAAAGAUGGUAAUGGUCGACUAUAUUAUCGUAUUGCAUUGAAUUAUGCUUCAUCAAAUUUACAAUUAAAUGCAGUUAACUAUGGUUUUAAAAUUGAACCAACAUACGUAGCUAUCAAUGAUUCAUCACAUGUUCAGAAGCAGUCAGAUGGUACAUGGAAAUUCAAGUUAGGUGAAAAAAUCAAAGUCAUAUUAACAAUGACAACAACACAACGACGAUAUCAUAUAGCAUUAGUUGAUUAUUUAUCAGCUGGUUGUGAACCAUUAAUUACAAAAUUAAAAGGGACAUUGACUGGCGAUGCACAAUCAUCAGUAACAAAAUCAAACAGAGGUCUUUAUUAUUGUAGAUGUCGACCAUAUUCAACUAUUGGUUGGACUGAGCAUGAAAAUUUACGAGAUGAACGUGCUGAAGCAUUUCGAUCGUUAUUACGGCCUGGUGUAUAUGAAUGGAGUUAUGUAAUGCGUGCAACAUGUGCUGGAACAUUUAUCAUUCCACCAGCUAAAGCCGAAGAAAUGUAUUCACCAGAAAACUUUGGUCGAUGUGGUACGGAAAAGGUUAUAAUUGAAUAA